AUGGCAUUACCUAUCGGUUAUAAACGAAAAAUAGGAUUAGUUAUUGGUAUUAAUCAAUAUCCACGUGAUUCAUUACAAUACUGUAUAAAUGAUGCUACUGAUUUAUCAAAUACUCUUCAAAGUGUUGGCUUUCAGAUUUCAUUGGGUUUAGAUUGUAAUCUCAACGAAUUUCUAAAUAAAAUUGAUACAUUUAUCAAAACAAUUCAACCUGAUGAUUUAGUAUUAUUUUAUUUUGCUGGUCAUGGUAAACAAAAUGAUGAUGAAAAUUAUUUAUUACCAUCUGACUAUAAGUAUAAUAAUCGUGGACAUGAACGCGACUAUAUUAGGAAUAACGCUAUUAAUGUAAAAUACAUAAUGGGCGAAAUAGAGGAUAAAAAAUGUCGAAUUACAAUUUAUUUAUUUGAUUGCUGUAGAUCAAAAAUAAGAACUCGAGAUCCUAAUAGCAAACAAGGUUUAUUAUCAAUGAACACUCCAGACCAAACUUUAAUUGUUUUUGCUUGUGCUCCUGGUAAAGCAGUAUUAGAUGAAACAAAAAAUAAUAAGAAUGGAUGUUUUAUUGAAAAUUUAUUGAAACAUAUUUCAACAUCUGAUAAAGAUAUUGAAGAAGUAAUGAGAAACGUUGCCGGCGAUGUUUAUCGACAAACAAGAGGGUUUCAAUUGCCAUUUCGAACAAGUUCACUUAUAGACAAAGUUUAUUUGGUGACAGAUAACAAGCAAGGAAGUCAAUAUAACAGUGCUGGAGGAGAACAAAAAACGGCCUCGCUGAUGGAGAAUUCGUCACAUCAGCAUAAGCAAUUAGACGCAGCCCGAUUAUCGACAAAUAAUCUUGAUAAUAAUUAUAACGAUAAAAAUCAUCCGAACAGCACACAAAUGCGAUCUGAUCGACAACCGAGUCAUCGACCGCCAGAGCAAAAGUAUCCUAGCAAUCAAUUGUAUACUAAACAAGCAGCUGUAUACUCAGACAAUGAUAUAGUAAGAUAUGGAAGCACUAAAUACAUUCCAUCAUCAUACACAUCAGGCAGUAGCCAAUCAAUGAGAGAUCAAACAACUAGCAAACAAUCGACAUCGAAUCAACAAUUUACUCAUUCAUCAUCAUACAUAUCAGGCAGUAGCCAAUCAAUGAGAGAUCAAACAACUAGCAAACAAUCGACAUCGAAUCAACAAUUUACUCAUUCAUCAUCAUACAUAUCAGGCAGUAGCCAAUCAAUGAGAGAUCAAACAACUAGCAAACAAUUGACAUCGAAUCAACAAUUUACUCAUUCAUCAACACCAUAUACAACCAAAAGAAUUCCAUAUGUUAACGACAUUCACGAUCAUUCAUAUACUAUAAAUCAAACUCAAACCCGAGCAUCUAUAAAUAUCAAUUAUCCGUCAGGUAGGACCAAUCCAAGACAAAGAUUUGAAAGUGACACAUACAGAACAAAGAAAACAAGUUUAUUAUCAAAACCACCUACAUAUAAAAAUCCAACACUUGAACAAAUGAUCAGUGAGAAUCAGAAUACAUCAUCCGUAUCGUUCGACGAUAUGUACUUGACCGAUGCUGAUAUCGAACUCGUGGCUUAUUAUUUACUAAGAGAUAAUAAGAUACUCACACAACUCGACCUCUUCUUGAAUGAAAUAGGAGCUCAAGGUGCACAGUAUCUUGGUGAAGCAUUACAAAAGAACACAACACUCACUACACUCAACCUCCGCAGCAAUCUAAUCGGAGCUCAAGGUGCACAGUAUCUUAGUCCUUUUAAAUUUAGUGAUGAAUGUCUAACUGAACGAAAAGUGAUUGAUACGUCCGGUCGACUAGGUUCCCUAUAUGAUACUUCAACUGAUAGUUUAAUUGAUCGACAUUCUGUUCAACCAUCAGAGACAAAAGUACCAAAUAAACGUUCGAUAUGCCGAGUAUUUUCAGGUGAUCAAUCCAGAGAACCUACCAGUUUUCUAAGUAAUAUCGGUUUUGAUGAUGAAGUUCAACGAAGUAUUCGUCUUGAGAUGGUUAUACCAUCAGGCAUUGGUCGUUUUAUUGAAUAUAAACAACCUAUUAAUGCAAAUACGCGAUUUUUAUAUUACUGUUACAAAACCAGAAAAGAAACAUUACAUAUCAAAGCUCGAAAGGCAGAUCGAAUUGUUGCACCACCACAAGGUUCAACGGAGGCAACUCAUAUGAUUACUAAAAUUAAAUGGGGUAUUGAGAUUUUAUGUGUUAUACAAAUAUCAAGAAAUCAAUCUAUAGAAGCAAUUGAUCAAUUACUUUCUCGUAUCUCUCAUCAACUUCAACGGAACGAAGUUCCAGUUCAACUUACAAAUGAUGAUCGACGUUUAAUAAAUCAAUUAAAUAAUAUGGCUAUAUACGGAUCUGAAUUAUGUGUUGAUGAUCCAAAUACAUCAUUAUUAACUAUCCUUAAUCGAAUACGAGAUUGGCAAAGAAAUGUAAAUUUUCAUCAACCAAUUUUGUAUACAAUGCAACCAUUAAGAUGGCUUUAUAAUAAUAUACAAUGUCAAGAACCAUGUUUUAAACCAGAUCGUGUCAAUGUCCAUCUUGAUCGAAUUGAACCAAUGAGUAAACGUAUAGAAAAUCAAUUAAAACAGUUACAUCAAUUGUUCAUAGAUCUUCCAACAAAUUAUUCAAGUCCAGUACUUAAUGAACAAUUAAAAGAAGUUCGACAAAAAUAUAGUAUAUUACUUGAUGCUCAAGAAAAUUUCAAUGAACGUCUACGAAAAGCCAUUCCAGAUAUUCGUCGUAAUCGUAGAAAUCCGCAAGAGUUAGAUCAUAUUAUUUCAGAUAAAUGCUAUACAUGUUUACAUAAGAAUGAAAUUGAUGUAUUUCGAAUCACUAUUGAACGAUUAUUGGCAAAAGCAACAUUAAUCGAAAAAUUAACGAAAAAUCAUAUUGAAUAUAUGAAUGCAUUUGAUCUUCGUCCUAAUGAAAUCACAUCAUUCAAAAAUGAAGAUAUUGAUAUUAUAAUUAAACGUUCGUGUUCUAAUGACAAACACCGUGUCAUUCUUUGGUACUCUAGUGAUCGACUAAAACGUAAGCAAUCCGAUAGAUGGGAACAAAAAUAUCAACAAAUAAUUUCGCUACGACAUCAAACAACGCAAGCAAUUAAAUUAAUCUAUGUUGAUUUUACGAAUUGUCAGCAACAAUUAGAAAGUUUUACUGUUGUACAGUUACCACCAAAAGGAAGAUCAGAAGUGGAACUUGAUUCUAUUAUAGACACAAGCUCUCAACGAUCACGUACAACGUCAGUUUCAUCAACUUCAAAACAGUCAUUAUCCUCGCAAGAGCAAGAACGUAGAUCUGUAACUCCACUAACAUUACCUAGUAUUUCUUAUCCAACAUCACCAAAGACUGAACUCAAUGUAUUACUCUUAGGAGAAACAGGUGUUGGCAAAUCAACAUUUAUCAAUGUAUUUAUUAAUUAUUUAAAAUUUGAUACUCUACAUCAAGCUGAACGAGGUCAACCAAUUGUAUUAAUACCAGUUUCAUUUCUACUUACUGUUGGUGAACAAUUUGAUGAAGCUUUUGUUGACUUUGGUGAUAUAGAUCCUAAUGAAAGCUAUAAAUGUCACGGUCAAUCGGUUACUCAACAAUGUAAAUCCUAUCUAUUUGAUUUAAACGAUAAAUAUUCUAUACGUUUAAUCGAUACACCGGGUAUCGGUGAUAUACGAGGAAUAGAUCAAGAUAUAAAAAGUAUUGAUCAUAUAUUAACAUAUAUUACUAAUUUAUCUCAUAUAAAUGCUAUAUGUUUAUUACUUAAACCCAAUACUUCUGAAUUAAAUAUUUUCUUUCGUUCAUGUAUUAAUCAACUAAUAACAUAUAUAUCACCAAUUGGUUAUAAAAAUAUUAUUUUUUGUUUUACAAAUUCUCGUGCAACAUUUUAUGCACCUGGUGAUACAGGUCCGUUACUUCAAAAGAUGCUUAUUGAUGGAAAUUUGAAUAUUCCAUUUCAAAAAACAAAUACAUUUUGUUUCGAUAGUGAAUCAUUUCGAUAUUUAGCUGCAAGAAAACGUCAUAUUAAUUUUGAUCAUUAUCAAGAAAAAGAAUAUACUGAUAGUUGGAAUACAUCAGCUACUGAAUCAAUUCGUUUACUUGAUUAUAUACAAGCAUGUCAACCAUAUUAUCAUAAUACAUGGUUAUCACCAAAGAAAGCUAUGCUUGAUAUAUCAGUGCUUGCUCGACCUAUCAUGGAAACAUUACGUUUAAUAAUUUAUAAUUGGAAAUUAAAUGAAGCAAAAUUGAUUUUUAAUCACAUUAUAUUAAAUUCGAAUCCAAUCCAUUUUGAAAUGUGUACCUGUUGUGCACAAACUAAUACGGUAGAAAUAGGUCCAUUUUGGAUAACUAAAUAUCAACGUGUUGUUUUGAAAAAUUAUGUCAAUCAACAUCAUGUUUGUUCUUCAAAUGGUAAACAUUUUUUAGUUGAAGCUAUAGUACAACAUGAAUUUAUUGAUGAACCUGCAGGUCUUAGAAAUGAACGAUGGCAAAGUUCUUUUGAUAAUUUUCUAUUGCAAUGUGAUAGAUUAAUUCAUUACUUACGACAACAAGAACUACUAACUCAUGAUGAUGAUCCAUUUCAAUGUAUAAUUGAACGAUUUCUUGAAGAAGAACUACAGAUUUCUCAAAUUCGAAAUAUUAAUUCGAAUAUGAAUAGAAAAGUUCGUGAAGUAUUACAAUCAAUAAAACAAAAGCGUCAGUUAAAUAGUCAACAAUUAUCUGAUACAAAUGAAAAACUUUCGCUUAAUCAAAUUUAUCAAAUAAUUAAUGAUUUUAUAGCCAUACCAACAAUUCAAAAACAGCUUGAUAGUAUCAAGACAAGUCGACAAUUAAAAAUGAAAAUGCAUGAAUGUAAAAUACAAACAAAUGCAAUUCGAAAUAAAACAUUUUCACGAUUAUCUAAUUCCUUAGAAUAA